GGAUGCAACUAGUUUUGUUUGUUUCAAGUUAAACUAUUCGGAAAUAUUCGGACUUAUCUCAUAUUUCCUAUUACAAAUAGAAUUUAGUUAUGCUGGUAUCUUUCAAUAUGUUUGCUUUCUCUUCUGGAGGAACCGAUAAGUGGAAACUCGCUAGUUAGGACUUCCCCGAAUGUAUUUACUUUUGUGUCGAUUCAGACAAAUGGCUGAAUCAAGUUUGAGGUAAAAUUUAACUUAUUUUAACGGUCAAAGCAUUAGAACUACCCAGCAAACGUGUCCAAUCUUGUAGCCAGCUAGAUUGAACUAUGUUCCAAACUUGGCUCUUAACAGUUACUGAUUUUUGGUAGAUCUGCACGACCGAGGACAAAAACAUUUUCCUUGAAUAAAAACGCAAUGAUUAUUCAGCAAAGAAAUCAUCCACAUCAAUAUACUGUACCAUCAAGAUGUUUAGAAGAGCCUUAACUAAUAUCCCAAGAUUCACAACAGUCAGACCAAAUUUCUCAUAUCCAGUUAGAUUCAUGUCUACUGAGAUCAAAGAAGCCAUAGACCAAGCAGUUGCUUCCUCUCCCGUUGUUCUCUUCAUGAAAGGUACCCCAGAAUUCCCACAAUGUGGUUUUUCCAGAGCUACCAUUCAAUUAUUGGGCCAACAAGGUGUUGAUCCAGAAAAGUUUGCUGCUUACAACGUCUUGGAAGAUCAAGAAUUAAGAGACGCUAUUAAAGAAUACAGUAACUGGCCAACAAUUCCUCAAUUAUACGUUAAGGGAGAAUUUGUAGGUGGUUGUGAUAUCAUCACCAGUAUGGCUCAAACUGGAGAAUUAGCUGAAUUGUUAGAGGCUAAUGAUGCAUUAGUACCUGAAACAGAUGAUGGUAUUGAAGAAGCUGAAAUUACUCCAAGAAGAUAAUAAGUUAUUCGUUUUGUAUAUAUUUAAAUAUUAAUACUAUUUCCAUGCUAAAUUAAAAUAUAAAAGUUGUAUCAAUAUAAUGCACGAUGCUGAAAAAAAUAAAUAAAACCAACCAUAAAAAACAAAACGCAAUCAACUUUCUUAAAUACCCAUCAUAAACCUCUCAUAUAAAAAAAUUUUUUUUAUCAUAUUUUAUCAUAUAAUCAUAACUAAUUAGGCACAUUCGGUGCCUUCGUUAAUUCCUGUGGUGGCCAUAUUAAUACUACAAUUACUGGAAAGACUUCUCUUUUUCAAUGAUGAUUUCCGUCUAGUUAUCAAGUUUGAAUCAUUUAAGUUGAGGGUGAACUUGUAAUCACCAUUUAUACCGGAGAUAAUUGAAGAUGACCUAGUUUGAUAAUCAAGUUCAGUUGAAUCAAUUUCCAGGGAUGAGUUAUUGGAAGACAAGUAUUCAUCAGGUAAUUCAUCCUCAAGAUAUGCUUCAGAAAACAAGUUGCCAUGAUGGCUCUUCAAUUUUAAUUUUGGUGAUGGUUGGACUUCCAAACUAGUUAGUUCAUCUCCAAGUUCAUCCAUUUCCGGAUCACUGUUUUCUUUAGUAAACAAUUCAUUCUUGUUUUCAGGGUAGGGUGUUCUAACGUAUCCACGCGAGCAUGGUAAAAGAGGACCCUUAUCUUCAUCUUCCUCUUCUUCCUCUUCUUCUUCUCCUUCGUCAUCAUCGUCAGCAUCAGCAUCGGCAUCAACAUUUUCAAUAUGUGCUAUUUCAUUGUCCUUAAAAUUAUCAUCCAACAUGGCAGGGUUAUCAAACACUUUCUUAAUAGCUUGUGCUCGAGGUGAUUUCAAUGGUUGGUUUCUUAUGGUAGGAACGCUGAGUGGACUCUCAUUCUCCUCAGCAUCAUAAAUUUGAUAAUUACAAGAAUCGUCACUUGAGAAAUAAUGAGUUGCUUCUUGUGGUAACUGUUCUUGAAGUCCAAGCUUAUCUUUAUCAUGUUGUAACCAAGGAUGAUUCCAAAUUUCUUCAAUGGUUAUUCUUUGUUCUGGGUUGAUUGUCAACAUUCUUGAAAUCAAAUCCUUGGCAUUGGCACUGAUUUCAUCCCACCAUGGCUGCAAAAAGACAAAAUCUCCUCGCAAUAUCUUGAUGGUUAAACUAUUGGCAUCAUCAUCAUAGAAUGGUGGGAAACCACAUAAUAUAGUAUACAAGAAACAUCCCAAUGACCAGAUAUCUACUGAUUUUGAAUAGUAGUUCUUACUACGUUUCAAGAAAUGUUGUCUGGCAUUACAAGUAAUGACUUCAGGAGCAGUGUAACCAGCUGUACCACAAGGUGUCUUUAAAUACAUAUUUUUCAUUUCUUCGGUAGUUUCAUCAUCAACAAUUAGUUGUUUGGCAAGUCCAAAAUCAGCUAGCUUAAUUAAACCAAUAGUACCACCACCAAUGUGAAGUUUGAAUUCACCUUCAUCUAACUUGGCCUCGUCAUCAGACAUUCUCAAUGAACUCUUAAACUCUUGUUCAGAACGUUCAAAGAAUGGGAUCUUUUUAAAUAAUAGGUUUUCAGGUUUGAUAUCACGGUGAACUAUAUUCAAUUUGUGGAGAUGAUCAAUGGCAGAAAGAAGCUGUUUAAAUACAUGACGGGAUAAUGAUUCUGAAAAGUAGGUAUAUUCAAUAAUCUUGUUGAAUAUUUCUCCACCAUUGCAAUAUUCUAAUAUUAAAAAGCAGUGGUCGGGUGUGUCUAUCGAAUCCAAUAAUUUAAGCAAAUUUGGAUGAUUGUUAAUUCGUUUCAUUAUGGCAAUUUCAUUCUUGAUGUUGUGGAAUUGUUUGGAGGAAAGGUUUGCCUUUUUAAUGAUCUUGAUAGCAACCACUAAAUCUUGU